AUGACUGAUGACUGGCAGUCGGAAUUCCUUACUUCCCGGCAUGUUCAUAAUCGCCAGUCUCGCAAAUUUACACCUGGAAACACUAGAUCCUCAAGCGUUCUUCAAGCAUUCGGCUUGUAUGAGGUCCAAUGUCCCAGCGCUGAGGCUGCAGCACGAAUGUCUCAAUAUGAAACCGCUCCUUAUAGGAAUAGCAAGAAAGGUAGUCGAAGAGAAAAACGACUACUGGCGGGAUCACAGCUUCAAAUCAACACCUUUGCCGAUAAUGAAGACGGGCUUGCGGGCACCCUCUACCUAGCUGGUGCUCUAGAUGCAACAAUCAUUCUAGCUGGAAGCCGUAAAACCCUUCAAACACUUGUUGAUGAAGAAGCGGCUGAGGUUGACCUACGUCCCGAGAUAACAUCGGAGAUUUCAAAUGAGUGGAAAGAUGCAGAAGCUCAGGAAAAUGGAACCGUCGAACCACCCGGUGACUGCUUAGACUACCACCCCAGCACCCUUGCAGCCUGCAGAGACGAGGAAGAGAAAAGCCUACGGCGAUUUGACAAAUUUGAGAAAAACACGUUUCGACAGCCCAAGUUUUGGUUUGCAUGGACGGGGAGAGUUAUGUGCUCUCCCAGCGCGACGGCAAAUGCAACCUUUGACUCUGUUGACGAAGAGCUUCAGUCGGGAAUGGGGUACUUGGUCUUCUCCGGAAGUAAAUACAAGAAAUUCCAAGGGACAAUUAGCUGCGGCCUGUUAGGUUGGAAGGAUGUCGCGAUUGGUGGUUGGAAGCGAUAA